UUGAGGGCCCUGAAGGAGAGCAGGGCAGGGAUGCCUGAGCAGGACAAGGACCCCAGAGUCCAAGGAUUUGAUGAUCACCGAAGGGUCCCUGAGGUCACCGGGGAUGCACGCUCUGCGUUUCGGCCCCUGCGGGACAAUGGAGGCCUCUCUCCCUUCGUGCCCAGGCCCGGGCCUCUGCAGAGAGUCCUCCAUGCCCAGAGGUCAGAAGUGGGCGAUACGCAGAGAUCCCAGACCUCCUGCACCAGCUCAUGCACCAAACGAAACGCCAUCUCGAGCUCCUACAGCUCCACGGGAGGCUUCCCGUGGCUAAAGCGGAGGAGGGGGCCAGCCUCAUCCCACUGCCAGCCGACCCUCAGUUCCUCAAAGAAGGGCAGUGAGGACAGACCUCAGGCUGUCUCUUCAGGUCACACUCAGUGUGCACCAGGGCAGACACUCGCCCCCAGGAAUGGCUCCCCCAGAUCCCAGGCCUCUAGGCCCCGUGGACGCAAUGCACUGCAGGUUGAGGCCAAGGCCAUCUCGGACUGCAGACCCUCAAGGCCUUCCUACACUUCGUGCUCACUUGCAACAGGGGCUUCUGGUCUGCCUUCUGUUUCUAAAGCACCCAGUAUGGAUGCACAGCAGGAGGGACACAAGCCCCAAGACGGCCUGGGCCUAGUGGCCCCCCUAGCUUCUGCUGCAGGGGCCCCCUCUACAGCUCCUGUGUUUGGGAUGCAGCACAGACCACCAGGCUCCCUCCUGUUCGUCUCCUCAUUUCCCCUUCCUCCCACCUUUUUCUACUUCUGGGACUCAGCCCAGGUCCUCUGGCUGAUUGCUACACCCUUCGGCUCCUCAUUUCCCCUUCCUCCCACAUUUUUCUACUUCUGGGCCUCAGCCCAGGUCCUCUGGCUGAUUGCUGCACCCUUCCCAGCUGCAAGCAUGGACGGAAGCAUUUCUGGAGCCAGUUCCAGCCCCCCACCCACGCCCAUGGAAAUCGACAGUAGUGAGGCGGACGGAGCUCGGCAUUCCGUCAGAAGAAACCCUUUAAAGAGAAAGGCCAAUUGGAAACCAUUUCAGUGCAUGCCUUUGUCCCCGCACUGGCUGGCCUCUCUGUACCGUGAGAACUUGGGUUAUGCAAGGCUCUGCCUGUCAGCUGACCAUCAUGAAGCAGCUCUCUUCUGUUCCGAAGUGACCUCCAACCCGAUCCUGUGCCCUGUCUUCUGGCAGCUGCUCUGGGGAAGGAGCUGUUUGGGACAGCCGAUGCAUCAGUCCAAGGACUGCUUCUUUCGAAGGCGAUCUUUCUUUCAAGGGUCCACAAGCAGAGAGGAGUGUCAGGCGCAUGGCCCCGCUGUCAGGCUCCCCAGCGAGCUGCGGGCUCAGCAGGAGCUGCCCACUGACACACGGGGCACCCACUCCUCCCACCUUGGGAGCGGUCGCCAGACAGAGCCGCACUGGGGCAGGGAUGGCCUCCAGCCACAGGAAGUACAGCAGCACCUCGACCUGCCCUCGCAGAGUGGGGAAGAGGAGAGUGGCUCAGAGGGGAGCUCACAGCUGCUGGGGUCAGCAGCACCCGGCAAACAGCAGCAGGAGGAGCCACUAGAGCAGCUGCUCAUGGGCAGAGCUGCCCUUGGGCAACUCCUGCCACCACCCCCUCCCCAGGGGAGCCCGAGGCAGCGGAGGGCCCUCGACAUGAUCUUCCCUGGACACGAGUCUGGGGACAGCUGGAGGGUCCUUGUGCUCAGGGCAGUGGCUGAGCUGGAGGAUGCGCUGGAACUCGGAGCACACAGCACUGGCUUGCUGUGGUACCUGUGCCAUGAAAUUAAAGGCAGUAUCACCAGGAAGGAACACAGGGCUUGCAGGAUCACGGAAAACCUUCUUAGUGUUAUCUUGACACCACUGAUGCCAAGUGUCCAGGUGCUUUACCUAUCCCGCAAGCGUCCCCCAGCUUCCCCCUAUCGCCAGCAGCCUUUGGCCAAGUUGGUAGCUCGACGAGGACGCUCAGAGCCCACCUCUCGAGAGCUGAAGCAUCCGACCGAUCCCCACUGCUCCCAGGAGCGGUUACCUGGGCACUCUGUGCCCCUUAUUCCUGUCUGGGCCCAGGCCGAGGACCUGCCAUGCAAGCCCUGUCUUCCUUCCGGGAUCAGCAAGCCAGUGCUGUGUGCUCCGAAUUCCAGGGCAUCCUCCAGCUCAGCCACUGCACUGAGCACAAGGACUCUCUGUGGGGCCCAGGAGCAGGAAGUCACCCCUUUGGGGCCCGCAACACCCGGCUGUCCCCAGACUCGUGACCAGGGAAGGCCCGGGCCUCUGCAGAGAGUCCUCCAUGCCCAGAGGUCAGAAGUGGGCGAUACGCAGAGAUCCCAGACCUCCUGCACCAGCUCAUGCACCAAACGAAACGCCAUCUCGAGCUCCUACAGCUCCACGGGAGGCUUCCCGUGGCUAAAGCGGAGGAGGGGGCCAGCCUCAUCCCACUGCCAGCCGACCCUCAGUUCCUCAAAGAAGGGCAGUGAGGACAGACCUCAGGCUGUCUCUUCAGGUCACACUCAGUGUGCACCAGGGCAGACACUCGCCCCCAGGAAUGGCUCCCCCAGAUCCCAGGCCUCUAGGCCCCGUGGACGCAAUGCACUGCAGGUUGAGGCCAAGGCCAUCUCGGACUGCAGACCCUCAAGGCCUUCCUACACUUCGUGCUCACUUGCAACAGGGGCUUCUGGUCUGCCUUCUGUUUCUAAAGCACCCAGUAUGGAUGCACAGCAGGAGGGACACAAGCCCCAAGACGGCCUGGGCCUAGUGGCCCCCCUAGCUUCUGCUGCAGGGGCCCCCUCUACAGCUCCUGUGUUUGGGAUGCAGCACAGACCACCAGGCUCCCUCCUGUUCGUCUCCUCAUUUCCCCUUCCUCCCACCUUUUUCUACUUCUGGGACUCAGCCCAGGUCCUCUGGCUGAUUGCUACACCCUUCGGCUCCUCAUUUCCCCUUCCUCCCACAUUUUUCUACUUCUGGGCCUCAGCCCAGGUCCUCUGGCUGAUUGCUGCACCCUUCCCAGCUGCAAGCAUGGACGGAAGCAUUUCUGGAGCCAGUUCCAGCCCCCCACCCACGCCCAUGGAAAUCGACAGUAGUGAGGCGGACGGAGCUCGGCAUUCCGUCAGAAGAAACCCUUUAAAGAGAAAGGCCAAUUGGUAACAGGGCAUGAGGGGGCCUGAACACCAGGGCGCCCCCAGGCAGAGCACUUCCAUGGUGACCACGGGACCUGGCACAGGGAGCAACUCUGUUGGGUGGCACUUUUGUUUUUUUUGUUGUUGUUGUUUGCCAGAUGCCAAAUAAAUAUUUUUAUUAACUUUC